AUGCUGAACGCCCAGAGGCUGAGCAGCGGGGCUGCUGGGGCGGCACGGGGGCAGGCGCCCUGCGCCCGCCCGGCCGCGCCCCACGCGGCCCCCUCGCGCCCGCUCGUCGCCGCCCGCGCCGAGGCCAGCAACGGCGCCUACGACGGUAACCCCAUCAUGAGCGGCCCGAUCAGCGUCGGCGUCGGCGCCGCCGCUUCGGACGUGGCCGCCGAGAAAGGCGCCAAGCCUGUUGACCGCAGCAAGGGCCUCUGGACCCGCUGCGACAAGUGCGGCGUGAUCCUCUAUGUUAAGCACCUGAAGGAGCACCACCACAUCUGCUUCGGCUGCAACUACCACCUGAAGAUGACCAGCCAGGAGCGCAUAGAGCACCUCAUAGACCCCGGCACGUGGCGCCCCCUGGAUGAGACGCUGUCCCCCAUGGACCCCCUCGAGUUCACGGACCAGAAGUGA